AUGUCGUCUUCUCACAAUCCAUUCCGAACGCCAAAGGCCUCGCCAAACACAACAGGUGUUCCCUCGACGUCGACGUUGCCCAACGGCGUUAUCCACGACGAGGCCAGCCCGAGGCCACACAUCGUGGUACGCACACCGUCACCGAGUUCUCCGCCAGAAGACCUGCCGCAUGGCCCAGAACAUUUACCUCCCAGGAGCUCGUCAGACUCAGAGAGGCGGGUGUCACCACCCGCAGAGGAUCUGAUCUCUGAGGACCUACCGCCAGCGUACACCCCAGCACCAGAUGUGGCAGAGGGCGAAACGACGAUUGAGCUGGGCCCACGGCGACCCUUCCAAGAGCCCCCACGACCUCCUCAGCAUCCAUACUACCGCUCUCCAAUACCGAACGCCCCACAGCUGACAGGGUCGGGCUGGGCGAGUUAUCCUGGUCUCAUUCGGGCACAACCCACCGGUAUGCCCUAUCUCAGGCAGAACCCACCGCUCCCCCCACGCCACUCCUCGAGAUCAGGGAGAGACGGCCGCCCCAGCUCGGCCCCCAAUGACGAGAAUCUCUCGGAUUUUGCACGCGAUUUCUAUGCGGCUGGGCCAGCGGACACGAGGGCGCUCGCUGCAGAACCUGAGAUUCCGCCGCGACCGAGCUCGUCGUCGGGUAGGUAUGCCCCUCCGUCGGGGAACCCCCCACAAGACGACGGGCGGCCUACAGGGUUCCCCACCCCGGGUCACCCACUCUUGAGGAAGGGGAACGUCCUCGUGUAUCCUGCAGGUUACGAAUGUAGCAAAUGCCGUAACACGGGCUACAAGAACAAUGACCCCUUACUGCCCUGUUCGAAGUGCUGGGAUCGGUAUUCGCGGCGUUUCGCAGGUCCGUUGGUCUACACGUCCUGGGGCCGCGACAUGACGUCUAGCACGGGCGGCGCGCGGACGACCCUCCAGCGCCCACUCCCAAAGUUCACGCCCCCGCAGCUCUCUGUAGACACGCGCUCGGGGCACCGUGCAACGCAAUCAUUGGGAGCGUCGUCCUCGCGCGUCCUGCCUGUCGCUGGUGGAGGUGUUCCGAUGUCACCGUACCUCGAUCCACUCCAGCGCAUGUCACCUUCGGGUUCGAAUGUGCGCCUUGUCUCCAACCCGCCCCGCGGUGCGGCCGUCGUGCAGCCCGGAGACCCGCGUAUCGGUGGCCGGUUGUGUUGGCGGUGUGGUGGGUCGGGUACGACGACGUUCUUGAUCUUCGACGAGAUGCCGUGCAGCGUGUGCAAUGGAAUAGGCCGAACUUUCGGGUAA